GCUAACAAGCUAACGUUAACUACUGUAGGUAUUCUCGUUCAUGCAGGGAAAUCUCGAGAAACUCCGAGCAUGACAGUGAAGGGAGCACGCUAGCCUGCUAGCUGCUACAGCGCAACGAUGUAUCAGCUACUAUUAAAGCUAACUACUUUAACGUUAGCUAACUAAUAUUGCACUAUGCUGCUAACUGAAAGUUCUUCCGCUUUCGUAUUCGGUCCAAUUGGCGUUAAUCGCGGUUAACGGCUGCUUGUACGUAAAGACAGUCCGCCGCAAGAAACUAGAUGAGUAAAGUGGAAAAACAUAUAGGAAACUUUAAUCUUGUCCGAAAUAGGAUAAGCGACAGAAUGUUGUCGUUAGGUGAACCAUAGUGAGCUUGUCUUCUUUGCUCGUCGUCACUGUCGGUAUCAGUGAAGAGCUCCACCCCUAUGUUUACCUGACGUCAUCAGAAUCGGUACAAAGCGGAAACGGCUUCCGGUGGUGUGGUGUCAAGCAAGAGGAUGAAGGCGAUCCAGCACUCUGUGGAGACGCUGCAGACAGCGUUGGUCUCUCAUCAUCAGGACUUGGCUAAACUUUACAGAAAAUACACAAAAGAAGAAAGGCAUCUUCUGGAGGAAGGAUUCCACCCAGGGCCGCCAGGUUCCCUUUUCCAAACCAUCAUAGUGAACUCUUACUCAGACUGGAUCUCCGCUCACCCUGAGGAGCCUCAAGACUUUGAGAGCUUCUACAGAGACCCUAAAUGCAAAACCCCCAAUGCCAGCCACAAUAAGAUGCUAUUUUUUUUAAGAAAUGUAGGUGACCUGCAAUGAUUCCUGAGGAAUAGGAAACCAAAAGAUGCUUUUUGUAUUGUUGGAAUCACAAUGAUUGACCUCUAACCCAAAGACUCCUGGAACUUUGUCUUUGGACAGGCUUCUCUCUGCAAGGGUGUGGGCAUUUUCAGCUUUGCCAGGUAUGAGGACAACUUCUACAGCAGAAGUUAUGCUGGCAGGCUGAGGAAAGGGCUUCAGACAAAGCAGGGGGACUACUCUGUGUGAUAUUACAUUCCCCCCAUCAAGGGCACUCUGCUGCUUCGAUCCUGCAAGACAAUGACCUAUGAGAUUGGCCAUAUGUUUGAAAUAAUGCAUUGCCAGUGGUUGAACUGCGUCAUACAGGGCCCCAACCACCUUGAGGAGUCUGAUAGUUGGCCCCUGGAUUUCUGUUCCAUCUGCCUUUGCAAGCUACAGGUCGCAAUCGGCUUCAAAAUAGCUGAAAGAUACAAGGCCUUACUGCACUGGAUCAAGGAGGGUCAGAGUCAAACAGCCAGACCAGAGGGGGCCUCUGCCUGUCAGCAUGUGCUCCACUUUUCUAAACCCACUGAAGCCUUUCACACAUCCAGACUGUGGCUCCGCAGGUGCCUGGACAUACUGGAUAAAAGAUGAACUAUAGUAUUUGCCCAUAAAUGUAGAUAAUAUUGGGAAAUAAAUGCAACAGCUCUGAUGUAUUCAUGUUUACCAUGCAAAACUAACAUUUCUUCUGCUUUUUGAUUGCAAAACAGAAUCUUAAUUUUGGUUAUAACUCAAUUUCAAAAUGACUACAUGGCCCACUCCUAUUUUUUCUGUGUGGUAAUGACUACCUAUACUAAUGUAUCUGGGAGACUCUUUCCAAUUGGACGAUCAGCUAUAUAUUGAGUUGUAUUGAUUUAAACAUGUUGAGCAGUUCACACAGACAUUUUGGGUACUAGUGUUUCCAGGCAGAAUGAAAUGAUGACUUAAGUUUAAUUUAUUUAUUUUUUCAUCUAAAUUAAAGAUGCAAUAUGUACAGAAAAUAUAUUUUAAUGUGAAAAUGUACAAUAUUCUGUUAACAUGAAGUAAACAUGGGUACAGUUUUUAUGAGUUCUGUUUUCAGUGAAUUAUGUGACAAAUACAGCAGCUGUUGAAUAAGUUGCUUUAAGGUUGUUAAAAAAACAUUACACAUAAUUGAGAGGGUCAAAUCACACUUUUGCUUUAUUGUGAUUGAAUGCUUUUUCAUUACAAAAAUAGUUUUUUGAGUCUGAUAUCUCAUAUCACAUAACAGUGCAUUGUCAGUUUGGCGACAGGUUGAUUCAAA